CCACCCGUUAAGCCAUCCCUCGCUCUUCCGGUCGGUGCAGCUUGUCAUUUCCGUCUGUGGUGCCUCGCAGCGGCAGUACCCACGCGUCGCCACGGCAACCGUUGGUUGGUUCCCAAAUUCUCCUGAGAAGGAAACAAACAUGCUGUCUCACUGGCUCCAGCAUUUUAUGCGGUUCCCUGUGAUCCUGUUAUUUCUCCUUGCAUCCCAAAGGCUUGCGGGUGGGCAGUUGCUAACUGCUCCUAUAGAUAAAUAUUUGGAGCUUGCCUGCUAAAAAGUGUAAAUGGAAAAUGGAAUUUCAGGAGAAAGAUGUGGUUGGAAGUAAAGCUAGUUUAGUUUUUGAAUCUCCUGGCAGUGACAGUAAUGACGGUAAUGUGGUGAUGAGCCCCACCCAUUUUCUACAUUCAUGGGAAUCUGAAAGAAAACUCAUUGAUGUUCUAAUCACACUCAGUGAAGAAGCUGAAGAAGAUGAAAAGCCAAUGGAUCAGUUUAUCCUUUGUGGUGGAUGGGAUGAUGCAGUGCAUGGCUGGAGAACAAAUAACCUCCGUUCCUCCAUUCCUACAUUGAAAACAACUAAGAGACCAAGGAAAGAGGAGAGAAAUGGUAGCCAUUGUGUUGUCUGUGCAGAGAUGGUGCCCAUCUUAGAAAGGAAGAUGGGCCAAGAUAUUGAACAUUCCAAAAGAUCCAGUAGCACAACAGCAUAUAAUUUCAUAGGGGAGAAUUCCAAAACAUCUCCAAAGAGAAGGACUCCGGCUUUUUCACAAACGAGGAUACCUGUGUACAGCUCUACAAUUUCACAGGCUCAAGUAAAUGAGGCAAGCAAAGAAGUUUAUAUCCAAGACAUGACACAGUCCGAAAUUGAUCCACACAAAGAAAAAGAAGGUGCGGUUAUCCUCAGCACCAAUCAUCAGGGGCCAGUAAGAAAACAUUCCCCUCUAUUCCCUCCUGUAAAAAUGGCCAAUGUCAGUGAAAAGUUUGCAUUGGGAAUCAAACCAGUGGCAACAUUUAGUUUGGGUACACUAAAUGGAAAUGUAAGUCAGAAAAUUGUGAGUGAAACAUUGGAGAAGAGUCACAACAGUGCCAACUGCUGUCUUAGGACCCAUUGUUACAAUAUGGCCAUGUUACAGGUCAGUGAGUUAGAAAAGACUGCAAAUUCUCCUCCAGUAGGAAUAACAAGAAUAAUGGAUCAUUGGUGCUGGCGAUAUUCUUUAAUGCAAGAUAAGCUGGCCGUCAGUCACGUCCCAGCCUCCAAACUAAUGGAAUGCCACAGCAUAAGGUUACAGCCUUCAAAAAUUAUGAAGCAUCACACAAAGAACAUAAAGCAAGAUAACACUGGGAAAUCAGCUUUCAGUCACAGUGACUCAACUCAUAAAAUUGCGAGUAGAAUAAGACAAAAAGACACAUGCCACAAUAUUCUCCCUAUGCUCUCACAGCCAGACCCAUCACCAUCUUCAGGACCUGGAAUAGCGAUCUCCAUAUUGCCACAGAGACUUCUAUAGUGUUAAGUUCACUUCUCUGUGGCCUUCUACCUCAGCUCCAUGGUUGUCAUGACCCAUUGUCGUACCCCACAUUUUCCCUGAGCAUAGAACAUCAGUCAACCCCAAUGCAUGAUGAAGACUUUAUGGUCAGUUGUGGUGCCAUAAUGAAUCCUAUGGCUCUGGCAAGGAGAAGUUAUCAACCCAAUAAUAUUGACAGAAUAUGAUUUGAAUGGUGUUUACUGGGGAGCAGCAAGGUACAAUCUUUCUCCUCUCACAGCAAUAUAAAUUUUACUGUAAGUCAUUCUGUAAAGACAAAUCCAGUUAUUUUCAGUCCUAAAUGAUGUUUUACCAUAAUUGUAAUGCUUAAUUCAUAUCAAUUUUAAAAAUCUUAAAUCAUGAUCUUGAUAAUACAAAUGGUUGUCACAAUUUUAUUUCAGCUUAAUUAGAACAGAGAAAAUCUUUAAACAUUCACAAUUUUAGACCCUGUGACCUUGAUACAAAUUCUUCUCUUUCUUUAGAUCCACUUUCCUCUUCCACAGAUAUUCUGUUCUCAAAAACAAACCACUCUUAUGUCUUGAGAGAGCUGGAAGAGUGCAUGAGGUGUAGGUUCCCAAAGUAACAAAUGCAAGGCAGAUUCUCCAGAUGAUAUUGGACUAAAAGGGUUAAAUUAGGAGGACUUCAAUGACUAAAGGCCAGGCUAACUGGGGUGAUUAAAAGGAUUGAUGGGGUUGAGAGAGAAAUUGUGUUGUCCUGAGAAAUAUAGUAGUCUUUUCACAAAUACUAACUCAGAAACAGUUCUUAAUAGUCUUAAACUCACCAAUAAAGUUGCUCAUGCUACAACAAUUGAGAAAUACAGAGCUGAGAUUCAUGCAAGACCUAAAGGAAUUUAAUGCUUCAAAAAGGCAGCAGAAUUAAGAUAUGAGUCAGCUAUAACCCAAUUAACAGUGGAAUAAGCUAUACUGCAGCUUCUGCUUUUAUGUUCCCAUCUGAGCUGCAGCAGAGAGACUGGAUGUGAAGAGUAGGAUGGGAAGGAAUGUCUGGAUAAUGGUAAAUGAGAACCCAAAAAAUUAAAGCAAUUGUGACUCAGGGGCCUUGAUUGGAAUCAGUACUAUCAGUAGUGGCUUGAAUUCUGUGGUGUGCAUGAUGCACAGUAAAUUAAAAAUGAAAAAAAAAUGUUGGAAAACAGACAAAGAUGGAAAAUUCUAGAAAUAUGUAGCAAGUUAAGCAGAGUAUAUGGAAAGAGAACCGGUAACAGAUGUUGCCUGACUUGCUGACUGUUUCAAGCAUUUUCUGUUUCUAUUCCAUAGUUGCUUGUUGACCAGGAAAAUAAGAAAAAAACCAAUAACAAUCACAUCAUCUAUGUGAUGGACCUCCAUUUACCCAAUUUUCAAAUUGAUAUUUGGUAUUGAAAAGCCACUCUUUCCGCAGAGGCUCAGCAGUAAAUCUCUUCAUAGAAUUCACACAGCAGGGUAGCCAGGAAGAAUAUAAUACAAUUUUUCUUUUUAAAAACAGAUUUUGAAAUAAACAUAAGAUAGGAGCACGAAUAGGCCACCUGCCCCGUCAAACCUGCUCUUCCAUUCAAUGGACUCAUCUCCACUACCUACCUUUUCCCCAUUACCCUUAAUUCCGCUACUAUUCAAAAAUCUAUCCAACUUUGUAUUAGGUAUAUUUACUGAGGUAGCUUCCACUGCUUCAUUGGGCAGAGAAUUCCACAGAUUCACCACUCUCUGGGAAAAGCAGUUCUUCCUCAUCUCCAUCCUAAAUCUGCUCCCGGAAUCUUGAGGCUAUGUCCCUUAGUUCUCAUCUCACCUACCAGUGGAAAGAACUUGCCUGCCUCUAUCUUAUCUAGUCCUUAAUUAUGUUAUAUGUUUCUGUAAGUUCUGUUAUUCUUCUGAAUUAAGUACAGUCCCAGGCAACUCAACCUCUCCUCAUAGUCUAACCCCCUCAUCUCUGGAAUCAACCUGGUGAACCUCCUUUGCACUGCCUCCAAAGCCAGUAUAUCCUUCCUCAAGUAAGGAGACCAGGAACUGCACGCAGUACUUCAGGUGCAGCCUCACCAGUACCCCAUACAGUUGCAGCAAAACCUCCCUGCUCAUAAAUUCAAUCCCUGUAGCAAUGAAGGCCAACAUUCUAUUUGUUUUUUUGAUAGCCGACUGCAUCUGCAAAUCAACUUUUUGUGAUUCAUGCACAAGCAUUUCCAAGUUCUACUGCACAGCAGCAAGCUGAAAUCUUUUAAAUAAUUAUCUGAUCUUUCAGUUUCCCUUCCGAAGUGGAUGACCUUGCACUUACCAACAUUCUACUCUAUCUGCCAGACCCUUGCCCACUCAAUUAACCUAUCUGUAUCUCUCUCCAGACUCUCUGUAUCAUUUUCCAUUCAAUUUAGGGUCAUCAGCAAACUUAGAUACACUACAUUCAGUCCCCCUCCCAGAUCAUUAAUGCAUAUCGUGAACAGUUGUGGGCCCAGCAACAACCUCUGCAGUACACCACUCACCACUGAUUGCCAGCCAGAGAAACACCCAUGUAUCCCACCUCUCUGCUUUCUAUUGGUUAACCAAUUUUCUAUCCAUGCUAAUAUAUCACCCCUAAAUCAAUGCAUCCUUACCUUAUGGAUAAGUCUUUUAUGUGGCACCUUAUCAUGUGCCUUCUGGAAAUCCAAGUAAAUAAUAGCCAUCUGUUUCCCUCUAUCCACUGUGCUUGUUAUAUCCUCAAAGAACUCCAGUAAGUUUGUCAAACAGAACCUGCCUCUGCUGAAUCCAUGCUGCAUCUACCUGCUGCAUCCAUUUCUUUCUAGAUGCCUCACUAUUUCUUCUUUAAUAAUAGCUUCAAGCAUUUUCCCAACUACAGAUGUUAAACUAACUGGCCUAUAGUUACCUGACUUUUGCCAGCAUCCUUUUUUGAACAGUGGCGUGACAUUCACCUUCUUCCAAUCCACUGGAACCUGCCCAAAGUCCAGAGAACUUUGGUAAAUUAUUACCAAAGCCUCUACUAUAACUUCUGCCAUUUCUUUCAGUACCCCAGGAUAUAUUCCAUCAGGACCAGGGGACUUGUCUAUCUUUAGGCCCACAAGUUUGCUCAACACUACCUCUUUAGUGAUAGCUAUUGUAUCGAGGUCCUCACCUCUCAUCGCAUCCAUAGCAUCUCUCUUCGGCAUGUUAGACAUGACCUCCACAGUAAAAACCAACACAAAAUAAUCAUUCAAAGCCUCGGCCAUUUCCUCAUGACCCAAUAUCAAUCCCCACUUCUCGUCCUCCAAGGGAGUUCACUUUGGCCACCCUUUUCUGCUUUAUAUAAUUAUAAAAAAACUUUAACUAUCCGUUUUUAUAUUUUAUGCUAGUUUAUUUUCAUAAUCUAUCUUCACUUUCUUUAUUGCUUGCUUAGUGGUUCUUUGUUGCUUUUUAAAGUUUUCGCAUUCUUCCAGUUUCCCACUACACUUGGCGACUUGGUACGCACAGGCUUUUAAUUUGAUGCCUUCGUUUAUUUCCUUUGUUAUCCAUGGCUGGUUCUCCCCACCCUUACUGUCCUUAAUUUUAACCAGAAUAUACUGUUGUUGAGCACCAUGAAAAAUCUCUUUGAAAGUCUUCCACUGUUCCUCAACUGUCCCACUGUAGCGGUGUGCUACACGCAGCGCUAAAAUUACGACACGGAGUCGGUAACUGCAGUCGAAGGAAAAAAACUUUAUUCGAAAACUUCCGCCUCACUUUUAAGCCUCUGUCAACCGGCCCCCCAUGGCGCAGAGGCUCCAAAGCUCUGUGCUCGCAAACCCCCGUAGGCUAUCUAAUUGUGAGUCGGUUCGGAUAUGCCAGGAAAUGGGUCGCCACACCACCAUAUAGCCUAUGUGGCCAGACAACCCUAUUCAAUUCCUUCCUCAUCCUGUUGUAGUCUCCCUAGUUUAGGCAUAAUACACUGGUUUUAGAUAGAACUGUUGCACCCUCCAUUUGCCUGAAACAAAGUUGAAAUUUACAAGAUUAUCAUUUUAAAUUUAUUGUUAUGAAAUUAAUGGAAUUUACAAUCCAAACACACAAAAUUAAUUAUUUCAUUUUGCCAUAAAAUAUGGAUAUUCUAACUAUUAAAACCUGACUUUGGCCUUAAAAAUAUUAAGUAUAAAAUUUGCAAUCUAUUCUUGCAGCAGGACAAAUGUGUAAAUAACUUAAUUUUGCAUUAAUCAACACUCUUCCUUGCUUGCAUGAUCUGAGAAGUAGGAUUCAAAGGUGUUAAGUUUAGGAUUGUCAUGUUAAACUACAUGUGGAGAUUUACCAAUGCUGGUAACUGUUUCAGUCUGAUCCACAAGUCCUAAAAUCUGGGCCUAGUGCAUUAUAUUUACAGUACGUGCUAUUUCCUAUGAUUACCAUGUACUUAACUGAGAGUAUAGUAGCUAUAUUCCCUUAACACUAGGUGGAGCCUAGUGCCUCCAGACUUGCUAUUGGGCUAGUCUCCUUUGUUCAAUCCACUAUUCACUAUGUAUUAACUUGCACCAUCCAGUUCAAUCACUCUGCCAUUCUUCUGAUCUAACAUCAUUCUUUGGUUGAAUUUACAGAUUGUAAAAUCCUCCUUAUACUCAAUUAGUUUAUGGUCCUUUGAUAUCUCUGUGAUCUCUCCAGCACAAUAACCCUGGAAGAUACCAAUUUUUUUUUGCAUUCUGACCUUUAACUAUUCAAAAACAAAAUUACUCCUCUAAGAAUUUUAUAUAGAUAUAAAUGACUCCCACCCAGUGUCUCACUAACAUAUUCAGAGUGACAUCACAUUAGACAUGCUUACUACAAAGAAACUUACUACACAUGAGAAACAUAGAAAACUUACAGCACAAUACAGGCCCUUUGACCUACAAAGCUGUGCUGAACAGGUCCCUACCUUAGAACUACCUGGGCUUUACCCAUAGCCCUCUAUUUUUCUAAGCUCCAUGUACCCAUCCAGGAGUCUUAAAAGACCCUAGACUAAAAGACACUCCUGGGAUCAUUCUCAUGAACCUCCUCUGGACCAUCUUCAAUGCCGGCCCAUCCUUUCUUAGAUAAAAGGCCCCGAAAUUGCUCACAAUACUCCAAAUUCUGUUUGGCCAAUGCCUUACAAAUCCUCAGUAAUAUAUCUUUGUUUUUAUAUUCUAAUCCUCUUGAAAUUAACGUGAACAUUGCAUUUUCCUUCCUUAUCACUGACUCAACCUGCAAGUUAACCUUUAUGGAAUCCUGCACAAGGACUCCCAAAUCCCUUUGCACUUUUGAUUUCUGAAUUUGCUCUCUGUUUAUGCCUUUAUUCCUUCUCCCAAAGUGCACGACCAUCCAUCCACUUUCCUGGACUAUACUGCAUCUACCAUUCACCUAAUCUGUCCAAGUCUUCUGCAAACCCCCUAUUACCUCAACAUUACUUGCACCUCCACCUACCUUUUAACUGUAUGCAAACUUUUGCCACAAAGCCAUCAAUUUCAUCAUCCAUAUCAUUAAUCUCCAAUUGCAAGGUAAAGUUUGUAAACCCUUUGUAAUUACAUGGUUUUCGGCAUUAAAUCACUCAUAAAAUGUGGCCUGAUCUUCAUCUAAGUCAUAAUAAUAGACAAACACAAUCUGUCUAAACUAAUAACAUACACACAUAAUUGUAUUUUUCAUCUCCUUAUUGAACACAUUGUUUAAUGUGUCCAGGCUGGGCUAAGCUAGGAAAAAGUAUGUGAAUAACUGUAUUUAAUAACUGGUAGAACCUCCUUUAGCAGCGAUGACUUCCAUCAAAUGUUUCCUGUAGCUGCUUGGCAGACUUGCACAACAGCAAGGAGGAAUUUUAGACUGUCCCUCCAUAUGAACUAUUUCAGUUAGAUAUUUUUGGGAUACUUUGCAUGACAGCCCUCUUCAGCUUAUGCCACAACGUCUCAAUUGGGUUAAGGUCUGGACUCUAACUUGGCCAUUCUAAAACCCAAGUUUUCUUCUUUGUAACCAAUUCUGUUGUUAACUUACUCGUGUUUCAGAUCUUUGUCUUGUUGCAUCAUCCAACUUCUAUUAAGCUUUAGGUGAUGAACCAUUACCUUGACAUUCUCCCAUAAAGUGCCUUUAUACAAUUUUGAAUUCAUUGUUCCCUGGAUGAUGGAAAGCUGUCCAGGCUCUGAGGCAGCAAAGUAGCUCUAAACCAUGAUGCUCCUUCCACAUGCUUCACAGUUGGGGUGAGCUUUUGGUGUUGGUGUGCAGUGCCCUUUUUCCUCAAAACACAAUGCUGUACAUUUCUGCCCUCAAAAAAUUCAACAUUUGUUUUAUUUGUCCACAGAACAUUGUCCCAGAAGGGUUGUGGAACAUCCAGGUGUUACGUUUGCAAACUUGACACGUGCAGCAUUAUUUUUAUUUGGAGAGCAAUGGUUUCCUCUGUGAUGUCCUUCCAUGAACACCAUUCUUGUUGUGUUUUUCUUAUAAUGAACAGAGACUUUAGCAAGUUCUAGAAAUUUCUGCAGGUCUUUUGCUAUUACCCUUGGGUUCCUUUUCACCUCCUUCAGCAUUGCAUGUUGUGCUCUUGGUGUGAUCUACUCCUAGGGAGAGUAGUAACAGUAUUGAAUUUCCUCAUUUGUAGACAACUUCUCUUAUUGUAGACUGAUGAAUACUUAGGUCUUUGAAAAUGCUUUCGUAGACAUUUCCAGCUUCAUGCAUCCCUACAAUUCUUCUUCAAAUGUCCUCUGAAAGUUCUUUUGAUCGAGGCAUGGUGCGCAUAAACAGAUUUUCUUGAGAAGAGCAAGCUCUGUCAGUAACCUGAUUCCCAAUACUAAUAUACUAAUUCCUUUUUUAAAAAAAUAUAUCGGGCAAGGAACCUCUACAACCCACACCUCCAAUCUCACCUCACUGAUCGCAAAACCUGUUAACAAGUAGCUUUUGUAUAAGUUAUUACCCCAGAAGUUCACAGACUUUUUUUGGACUUUGUGAUUGAUUAAAUUAUGUACUCAGUAUUGACAAGAAGUACAAUUCCUUUUGUAUUAUUAGUUUAGGCAGAUUAUGGUUGUCUAUUAUUGUGACUUAGAUGAAUCAGACCACAUUUUAUGAGUAAUUAAUGCAGAAAAAUAGGUAAUUGCAACAGGUUCACAAACCUUUACUUGCAACUGUACAGUGUGAAAAGAAGAAGUCCCAACAUGGUGCUUCUUUGGCCAAGGUAGAAAAAGGUGUUUAGAAUCUCUAGUGGAGUGGCAUUUUUUAUAGUUUUACUUCAUUAACAUACCCAAUGUAUCCACAAGAUCAAACCUCAAAAAUAUAUUCAAGACCAAAGGAAAAUAAAAAGAAUCAAAAUUUAAAGAAAAAUAGUUGAAUGCCUCAGAACAAAAUGGAUUUGGGUGCUUGUAGUCAGUCAAGAUAUUCAGCACAGAAACAGGCCCUUCAGCCCAUCACAUGCAUGCUAACCAUUUUGCCUGUCUAUACUAACUCCACUUACCUAUAUCCUUCUAUGUCUUACCUAUGUACAUGCAUCUCUAAAUGUCAUUUAAGCAUGGUAAUUAUGACCGUACAACCAAGUCAAUAUAAAAAGCAAAUCAGCAUAAUUGGAUAUAACACAACAAUCUGGCAAAACACACUAAUUGGCAGAUAAUGAAGUAAAUUAAGACACACCAUUCAUAUUGAAUAAACUGAUCUUUAUUUGGUGCAACUUUGCAGAGUUCUAACCAGCAUAUGUUUGACACAAAAUAUCCACUAACAUUAUACACCAGCAAAUAAUUUAUGUGCAAAAUUUUGGCUAACUGGAGUACAACAAAUCUUGUAACAUGUUAACAUAUCUAGCAUUAACUUAAAAGAAAUUCUUACCCAUAUUGACCAAAAGGAAACACACUUCUUCACUAUUUUACAUGCAUUUACACAAAUUUCAUUGGUUAUACACAAGAUAAUGAUUCUUUAGGUGUUUUCAAAGAAAUUGAUGUAACCAAAAUGUGUAAGUUAAUGCUGCAUGCAGCAGUUGUUUAUCAAUAAACUAUCUCAGUCUCAUAAACCGUUGUGUAGUAUUCUUUGAUGGGUAACUCAAGCAGAAUUCAUGAACCAUGAAUUCUCUCCCACCACACCCCUGCCCAUGGUGCGUCAAAUUAAAGACAUAAAAAUAUCCUUUAAAAAUGACUUGGUUAUGCUUUUCUCAUGCUGAUUUUACUCGUUCUCUUCCAGAGGAUACCAGUUCAUUUUCCACAGAUGCCAGCAGGCUUUCACAACCUUGACCAUGUGCAAGCCUUAGCAUUUGAAGGUUCCCCAAACCCAAUCCUAUUUUUAUUUAACACUGCCAGUCUAAUUAGUGUGUCUGGGCUGCAUCAACAUCCAAAGAAAGCUAGAAUUAUAAUGCAACUUCAUUUCAGACUGAGUAUCAAAUAAAUGAUUGGCCUGACUUUACAGUGUACCAGAAUUAUCACUAUUCACCAAAGGCAUCUGGAGAACAGUAAACUGUCUCCAUGUUCCAUCUCAAGUUGAAAGACUCAAUGAAAAAUGCUGAUACAGAAGCUGUUACAAGUUGACAUAAUCUUCAACUGUCUGUUGCCAUUAAUAAGUUAAAAGGUAAAUUUAAAGCAGCAUGCUACUCAUCAACCUGAAAUAAAUUAUCACAGUGACAGUCAACGUCAAUAGGAUAGCUCACUUUGGCGAUGUCCAUUUACAAAAGAAAAGGAGCCUUCAAGCAAGCAUCCUGAUACAUUCUAUCUAUAGAAAUAGCAGGGCACUUUAUAUGUGCAGAAUGCACAAAGUAGAAUGAAGUGUUAUUAAAUUGUUACACAUUCAAGACAAUGUUAGAAUUCACUCAUCCAGCAUGAAAAGUCUCUUUUGCUAGAAAUAUGAAACCAAAACAAACAAGCCACAAUCUCUCACCUCCUCCAUUCAUUAAACUUAACAAAUGAAUUAUAUUUCAAAAAUGGACGAACAUUAUUGAAGACAUUAGUCAAGGCUAUAAAGCCACGUUGUAGUCCAUGAGUUGAUCAUCAAAUUAAAUAAUGCAAAGGCCCUAAUAAAGUGAAGUGUUGCAAUUAGUCCAAGUACUUUGUUUUGAAAUGUCUGUUCAUUAUGCCAAGGGUUCUGUAGCAAACGAACAAUAAUAAAACAAUUUCACUCUUCUUGCUGCACUAGGAUUUCAAUAAAUCAUAUGCAACGGUCAAAAUAUGAACAUAUUAAACUACAUUAUACAAAAAUAAUACUGGUGGUUAUAGGUUUAACACUGACACUAAUAGUGACUAAGUUAAGGCAAUGAGUCAUUAGGGUCAUAGAAACAGUGCAUUAACGCAUUAGAAGUGCAUGACAGAUUAUUCAUUUAAAAUCAGUGUUAAAUAGGUCCAAUGAUGGCAGCACAACCCUAUACUAAAGAGCAGAUGAAAACAGUGGCCUUGGAAAUUUGACCUGGGUAUUUAACUUCUAAAUCUGACUGUGACUUUGUGAUGGAAUCAUUUUAAAAUUAGCAGUCUCAAUCAAAGUUACAUUUAACAUUGAAUAUGUCGCAAUAUAGCACAAGUGCAUGGGUUUUUGGUCUAAAUAUAAAUGCUCUGCGAGCGUAACAAAUGGCACACAGAUCACCCAGGUAACAGCUUAAGGAAGCUAGUAAAAUGUAAUAUUCAGAAAGAGAAAAAUAACAGGAUAUAUAGUAUGAAUAUAGGAAUCCAGCAUAUCACAGGUGAGUGAAGCUUCCAAAAUUAAGCUGACAUUUGAAUUAUACAUUUCGACAGUAAUCUAAAACACUAACCCAGCCACUGCUUUUGAUUCUUCUAUUAGGUAAGGUAAAUGCCCAAUUCUAUCACAGUAUUGUGAAAGGGCUUUUCACAGCAUACCUAGCCUCUGCCACACUGCCCCAGCACUUGAGUACUCUCUACACCCCAAUACUGCCAUAAAUAUAGCUUCAAAAUGGCUCUAUGACAGGUUUCCUAUGCCCCCUGGUUUAACAGCCUUCAAAGUUGAGCUGCAGGUUAUUUAUAAACAUGACAACCAAAUACACACAACGAUAGCUCUACACUUACAAAUGGAUCCCUGACUUCGUAACGUUCAAUAAUUUUGUCAACUCUUAUCUAUAUGCACCAUUUCUGAUGUGGACCAGGUCAGAGCAACAUCAUGUUUUAACUACCAAUUCAACCAGGUUAGUGUCCAUAAGACAUGGCACAUAACCAAUGAAUGAGUUUCCACAGGUUAUACUCAAGUUCCAUAUUUACUGAAAAGUAAUUCUUUCAGGUACGACUGAAGGAUUAAAAUGGAUAAAGACCACCCAGUUGAAAAUGCAGAAUCACACAAGUUGAACUGGAAGAUUAAACACUUUUUUCUGGGACUCUGGUAAAACAAAAUAUGAGAGCUAAGUACCAAAAAUAUUUCCCGCAGAAUUUAUUUAACUUUAUAUUCCAAAAAGGGAUCAGAAAUAUUCAGUGGCACAGUAUACACACAGGGUUAUAUAUAUUAUUUGGUCGAGGUCUUAAAGGACCUCAUGAUACUUAAGGAGGAUCCAAAUACACCACAAGCUUCUAACACUACCCGAUCUCCAUACUCCCCACAAACACCCAGGUACUCGGGUAGAAUUAACCUGCAGGUAGCUCUGGACCUGUACUCGAUAGAAGUAAUUCUCUAAUUAAUCUUGGAUGAUUAAACAUACCAAAUAUAAUCAUAUUUCAGAGUUGUGCUUUACACUGAGAUUGAGAGUGAAAGAAAUUAACUAUAAAUUAAUUAUAGCCAAUUUUAAUAGAUCAAAAUAACAUUAACUUGAUGGAACUACGUGGAUUAAUUCUGCUGCAACUGUGGAUUCUCAGUUGAGGAUUUCUUAGAAGUCAGGAAAGACUGGUCACAUAAUUCAAUAAUAUUCCUACUGCUUCAUGUCCAUCUCUUGCAUUAGACAAGAAAAUCGUGUGCACUUUAUCCUAUUAAAGAUAGAAACAAAUAUUAUAAAUAAGCAGAAAAUAACUUCACAUUGUCAUGUGAAAUGGUGAAGUGGCUUCUAAACAUCUAGGCUAUGAAACCCCAAGAGUUUUGACAUACCAUUAGCUACAAGGCUCGAAAUAAUCCUGUUAAUAAAAGAGUCAAAGCUGCUGUGUGCAAAUUAAGCAGCUAGCCACACCUUCAUAAGGAAUAGGAGGAUCAAGUUCCAAUGUCAAGUGUCCUGAAAGGGCAGCAAUUAUAUAAAGUGAUGAUCUGUUUUAGUUAAGCAGAACAUUAACCUGAUGGCAUUAAGUGCAUUCAUUCUGCUGCAACUGUGGACAUUCACUUCUGUUCAAAUGAAAAUAAGAAAACUGUAAACCCUGGAAAUCUUAAAUAAAAACGGGAAACAACCAGUUUGGUAGACAGCCUCUAGAAACAGAAAAGGAUUUAACUUUUCAAGCUUAAAACCUUUAACAGAACUUAAUUAGUUACCAAGGCAGGGAAAAGAUGAAUAGA